UCCCGUAAAGUUGAGUCUAUGUCUAAUGCUUUGGGUUCUCCUGCAUCCUCUUUUGAUAAUGGGCACUUAAUGCUUUUUCUGCGUUUAACGCCAUGUCCGAUGAUCAACUCGAGCAACUCGAGGAGGAGGACUUGGCUGCGCUUAUUAACAAGUUGUCUCGAGCUAUGAAUAAUAUCAGGUUCAAGAAAAGAGGAGGUCCAAUUCGUUGCUUUGCAUGUGGAGGGCUAGAUCACAUCCGAUCUCAUUGUCCCAAGCUAGGGAGAGCGAAGAAGGACGACAAUGGAGACAAGUUCAAGGAUGAUAAGCCGAGGAGUUCAUUCAAAGGAAGGAGGUCAAAGGAAUCUCUCAAGAAGAUGUUGGAUCAAGUCUGCGUCGCCUUUGAGCCACUAAGUGAUGUAGAUGGAGAUAGUGAAGAAGAUGAAAAUAAAGGAAGGCACAUCUCCGGUGUUUGCCUCAUGUCGCGUGAUGAAUCAGAUUCAGAGGGUGAGGACAAUGAGUUAAAACAACACCGUGAUAUUUUAGAUUGCUCGACAUGCACAUCAAACAAGAUGAAGCUAAAAUAUGCUUUAGCUCGUGUUGAGUACAUGGAAGAAAUUGUAAAAACUAAUGAAGUGCUUUCUUGCCCCAAAUGUUAUAAUAGUAAAAGUGUCAAGGGAGAAUUUUGA